CCGUUAUGUGUUUAUGCUCCACGAGCCGAGCCUUCGCUAUAGUAGGGUUAGAUGCGCUGUCGAGGAGCUGCAGAUGGGCGACAUACUGUUCCUCAAACUCUGAUAUCGGCAGACGAGCUCAUUAAAAUGGCGAGAGACUUCCCUACAGCAAGUCUGAGUAACAUCGAGCUCGCCUGUUUACGGGAUCCCGCCGGGAUCUUCGAGCUCAUCGAGGUGGUCGGCAAUGGGACAUAUGGACAGGUUUACAAGGGUCGACAUGUGAAAACAGGACAGCUGGCAGCCAUCAAGGUCAUGGACGUGACAGAGGACGAGGAGGAUGAAAUCAAGCUGGAGAUUAACAUGCUGAAGACUCACUCCCAUCACAGGAACAUAGCCACGUACUACGGUGCUUUUGUGAAGAAGAGUCCUGCGGGUCAGGAUGACCAGCUGUGGGUGAGUGAGAGAGAGAGAGAGAGAAACACAACAAGACCAGCCUCCAGCUUCUGCUGUGCUCACUUCUGUUAUGAGCUGUCUGGUCAUCUUAAAGGGACAGUUCACCCGAACCAGUACGCUGACCCUGAGUGUGUGUUUUCUGGACUUGUGCAGAGCUCCAGACUGACACUAAAUGAUCACAUUGGUCUGUUACACCUGCACUCACAUCACGUGAUUCAUCGAGAUAUUAAAGGACAAAACGUGCUGCUGACGGAGAAUGCUGAGAUCAAACUGGUGGAUUUUGGCGUCAGCGCUCAGUUAGACCGAACGAUUGGCAGAAGAAACACGUUCAUCGGGACGCCGUACUGGAUGGCGCCGGAGGUGAUCGCGUGCGAUGAAAACCCUGACUCCACAUAUGACUACAGGAGCGACGUGUGGUCUCUGGGAAUCACCGCUUUAGAGAUGGCCGAGGGAGCGCCACCCUUGUGUGACAUGCAUCCCAUGAGAGCGCUGUUCCUCAUUCCACGAAACCCUCCUCCCAAACUCAAGUCCAAGAAAUGGUCUAAGAAGUUUCAGACGUUUGUAGACAGCUGUCUGGUGAAGAACUACCUCCACCGGCCGUCCACAGAGACGCUCCUGCGCCACUCCUUCAUUAAAGACCUUCCCAAUGAGCGACAGGUGCGCAUCACGCUCAAAGACCACCUGGACAGGACCAGGAAGAGGAGGCGAGAGAAAGAGGGGACGGAAUAUGAAUACAGUGGCAGUGAAGAUGAAGAAGAUGCCAUGAAUGAAGAUGAAGGUGAACCCAGCUCUAUAGUCAAUCUUCCCGGAGAGUCCAUGUUGAGACGGGAGUUCCUGCGUCUGCAGCAGGAGACAAACACACAAACACACCUGCUCCAGCAAACACACAGCCAGGACAACUACAAGAGACAGCUGCUGGCCGACAGAAACAAGAGGAUCCAGCAGCAGCAGGAGGAGCGCCGCCGCCUCGAAGACCAGCAGGAACGGCUUCUACACCAGACCGGACUCCAGUGGCCAGAGCUCCAGGAGAUGAUGUGGCAGGAAGAGACUGACCUUACCGAGAAAACCAGAAGAAACCACAAGAAACAGCCCAGAGACGGUGAACAGCCCAGGACUGAUCCUGAAUCAGCGGCUGCUGAGCAGCAGGACCGGAGAGCCCAGCCCAGAGACCAGCCUCGAGACACACGGCACGACGGGCUGGCAGGUAAACUGGAGUCGCUGGAGGCUCGUCUGGUCAAUCGGAACAGUAUAGCGGUGAGGAUUCCUCAUGUUCAGUCUCGUGUGGGGUCAGGGAGCAGCUCCAGUCCGUGUACUCCAGCGCUGCAGAGAGCAGCCAAACCGCCGAGCAUGAGCGUGAGUCCCAGUCGAGAGCUUCAUCACAGCAGCUCCAUGACAGACCUCUCGUCUGCUCCUCUGUCUCCAGCGCUCGAUGAAGUCUUCUUCUGCCCUGACGAGCAGCCGCCCAAGAUUCCAGAGCGCACGACGUCGAAGUUCAAAGAUGUGGCGAGUCCUCACAGACAGGGGUCCAGCGGCGAUGGUCCGUCUGCUGUGAAGAUGUCCUUCAGCUCCAGCUCCAGCAGCAGCUCACACUCAGGUCUCUGUGUGCUGGACAGUGCAGCUCAUCCCAGCAGAAACGCUCAGACGUCACCGCAGAACCAGGGUUUGGGAAUGAAGUCUGCGUUCAGUCCGUUAAUGAAGCUUGCGGAAUAUUCUUCCUCCAGUGAUGAAGAUGACGAGAGGACCAGGUCUCCGUUGAGCAAUGGCAGGCCGGUGUUAUCCAGAGGAGAGUGUGAUGAAAUCAUUCUCCAGCCUCAUCACAGCGCUACACAGCAGCAGCAGAGUGCAGCAAAGCCAGCACAUAGUGUCCAUCAGAGGCCUUCAGGAUCGCAGUCCAGCGACAGCUGCUUUCUGCCCGACCUGCUGCACAAGAGCCCCUCGCACCAGCAGAGCGUCCUCGAGAAAUUAUUCAGUAACCAGGCAGGAAGAAGCACGUCAUCUUCCUCUUCCUCAUUCUCACCUUUCAUUGACCCGCGUUUGCUCUCUCCAACUCAGAGUCCACUGGGAUACGGCCAGCAGAGGCUUCCCCCAUCCACUUCUCUCAUCCGGACCAGCAUCCGUCUGCGGCUGAAAGCGAUCUGGUCUCAUUCGGUGAGAGCGAGUGUGAACGCCAUGGAUGACAGUGUGUCUCUGGCUGCUUCAGAUGCGGAGGAGCUGUCGGGCUCGUCCUUCGACCCCGCCCCCCUGCCGUCUGUGGAGCCCAGUGCUGCCAGCACGGGCAUGGACGCUGAACUUUUCCAUGUCUUGUCUAAAGCUGUGCAAGAGCUGGGUUUGGAUUGGUCUCCGCCGGAGGAGCCCACCCGCAGCCACCUGGAUGAAUGGUUAUUGCCGGGGUGCCAUCAAGCCCCUCGACAACGAGCUUCACCGUUCUUUCCAGAAGUUCAUGAUGAAAUCACCAGAUCUUGGCACGCCCCUUACUCGGCCUGCCUGCGUGCCUCCUCUUCGUCCACCCUCACAACGGUCGACGGCGCUGAAGAAAAAGGAUCCUUCCUCCUCAGCCACUUAGAGUGCCUGGGACUCAGGGUCAAUUUCGCCAAGAGUGAGCUGUUCCCCAGCCAACAGAUAUCGUUCCUGGAAACAGUUCUCGACCCAGCCCAAAUGAGGACAGUAGUCGCGCCCGAUCAUGCACUGGCUAUUCGGCAGCUCGCGGCCUCAUUCAAAGUUGGAGCCCUUCACCCUCUCAAGGCAUUUCAGAAGAUGUUUGGCCUCAUGGCCUCUGUGUCUCCAGUACUUCAGCUGGGCCUGUUUCGCAUGCGGCCCCUUCAAUACUGGCUGAAACCACGAGUUCCAUCCCACGCCUGGCGUCACGGACGCAUGCGUGUCAAGGUGAACCGGGCCUGCAGACAUCCCCGAGAGCGUAAGAAAAACAAGCUGAGGCUGUACUACCUGUCCUGGCUGAGGAAUAAGGUCUUGCGUAAUGAUCCGGAGGUGGAGAAGAAACAGGGCUGGACGUCAGUGGGGGAACUGGAGGGAUGUGUGAGCUAUAAAGUGGUUCGCUAUGAAAAAAUCAAGUUCCUGGUCAUCGCCUUGAGGAGCGCUGUGGAGGUCUACGCCUGGGCUCCCAAACCGUAUCACAAGUUCAUGGCUUUCAAAUCGUUCAGCUCACUGCCUCAGAAGCCGCUCUCGGUCGACCUGACGGUGGAGAACGGACAGAGGUUAAAGGUCAUCUACGGCUCUCACUUUGGGUUUCAUGCUAUCGAUGUGGACUCGGGGACACCCUUCGAUCUCUACCUGCCCAGUCAUAUCCAAGGUGUGAUUCGGCCGCAUGCCAUCAUCAUCCUCCCCAGCAGCAGUGGGAUGGAGCUGUUGCUGUGUUACGAGGACGAGGGCAUCUAUAUUGACACCUAUGGCCGCAUCACCAGGGAGACGGUGCUGCAGUGGGGGGAGAUGCCCGCCUCUGUGGCUUAUCUUCAGUCGAAUCAAGUGAUGGGAUGGGGAGAGAAAGCCAUCGAGCUGAGAUCCGCCAAGACGGGCAGUCUAGAGGGAGUCUUCAUGCACAAGAAGGCUCAGAAGCUCAAGUUCCUGUGUGAGAGAAACGAUAAAGUGUUUUUCGCGGCGGUGCAGUCGGGUGGAAGCAGUCAGAUCUACUUCAUGACGUUAGGACAGAGCACUCUCUUCAGCUGGUGAUGGUCUCCAUUCACAGGCUGCUGCUGGUGAAAGUACAGACUGCAUAUCACAGACCAACCUUCAAGAUUCAAUCUGUCCACUUUUUGUAUUCACAUGUAAACAUUUGAAUAGAAGUGAUAUAUUAUAUACAUACUGUAUGUAAAAUAGGUGAUAUAUUGCAUUGUGUCUGACAGUGUCAGCAUUUGUCUUGAUCUGUGCUUAAAACAUUUCAAUUUUAACUUUUUAUUACCAUGUCAUGUUGAUAUUUUGUCCCUAAUACCUGAUUAUUUUGUUGUAUGAUAAUAACCAUGGCCGGUACACGGUGAACCCGAUACUAACAGCUAAUAGAGUAACUGUCAAACAUUGUAGCAUCUAUCGAGGGAAAUACUGUAGCCGACAAUUCAGAAUAGAAAUGAUUGAUUACUGAUGACUGAAACCAUCUGAUAACUGCAGACUUCAGCUUAAUUCCACAGGCUUUCCAAGUAAACGCAUUUAAUUAUAACAAAUGGCAGUUUAUCUUUGUUUUUGUUUAUUAUAGCUCUCACUGUACUAAAACACAAACAGAACUAAUAAAAACAUGAUAAAUAAGAGUAGGAUGUCCCGAGCCGAUCUCAAGGAUGGGGAUUGGGGCCGAACAAGCGUUUUUAACUGAUUAGUUUGGAUGGAUACUCAGUGUUCAGUGACUCGGCUUGGAUCAGUGGCACGAAAGACCUGAUCGGGACAUCCCUAAAUAAAAGGUUUUAGUUGCUGGUUAUACACCGGUGUUUAGCAUGCAGAUUAAAUGAUUGAUCUUUGUCUGCAGUCUGAACAUCACUAUUCAUUUGCUUAGUUUUUCUUCUGUACGUUUGAGAACUCACCUUUGAUUGGCAUCAGUCUUUGCGGCCACUAUUUCUCAAUCAGUUGUUGAGCACAUUUCACAGAUGACAGUGUGUUUUCUGCUCUUUGUUUUGGCCGCUGGUUCUGCUUAAUCAGGCUUCACUAUCGAUUCUUUAGGUACAUGUAUGCAUCUGAGCUCUAGUGUAUGUAACACAAAUACAUAAUUCACAUACUUGAAUUCAUGAAUUUGUGUUACAUACAACACAAAAAACGUCUCACACACACCGUAAACUAUCAGAGAGAGACGUUCAGAGACGCUCAGUACACUUCUGUCACUUAACAUGUGUUCGCUGGUAGCCACGUAGUGUUAGCUCAGUGUCACAGGACCGUUCUGAAACAUGGUUGUGUGUGGAAAUCAUAGCAAGUGCGGAGCGUCUGUGGAGGAGUGAUUCGUGACGCAGGUGAUGCUGUCGUUUCUCAGCAAAGAAAGAGAAGGGAGUGGAAGAUGAUCGUAGGAGAGAGAGUUCAAGAAAGUUGAAAUGUAGGAAAUCAGAGUUGUAAAAGCCAGAGGUGUGGCGUUAGGGAUCAGAUGGAUUGAACUGUCCAUUGAAAUGUUAUAUUUGCACUCAAAACACACGUGCUUGUGAAGAUGCAAUACUUGUGAACCACAUGCACUUUACAUCGCACGCAUACAGACUAACUUGCUUAACACUGCUGUUAUAGUUUCACACAUUAUUGAUUUCACUCUUUUAUUAACAAUCCAACUCAAAAUGGCACGCAGAGGGUUUUAUAGGCUUGAGAACAGACGUGUGAGCAUUAGUAUUCUGAUGAUUUGAAGCAGAGCAUCUCACACACACAACAGUAUCAUCACUAACUGUGUUCUGGAGUGCUUCAGUAGUUUUCUCAGUCGUGCCUUAAUGUGCUCUGAAUGCCGUCAGCCUCGUGCUGUGUGUGAGACAUCAUGAAUGUAUUGAAAUGUCUGACAGAGUCGGUUUCUGUACGUUCACUUGCAAUGCUGUACAUUAACAACAGAGAAUUUUAAUUUAAUUCAAAGCGGUUUUCUUCUUCUUUGUAAUAGUGUAAUUUGACUGUAUAUUUCCUGUACUGUACGUGUUCCUAAAUACUGUUCAUUAUCAAGCACUAUAGGAAGCACCAUAUACUCAACAGUUAUGCUUGUCAAACUCCUCUUUUGGGUUUCGGUUGUAACAGCAUAUACAGUGGAAUGUGUGUGUCACAUGAAGGAAUCGAGCCAAAUAAAUGCUUU